CUUGAACUUAUAAGGCCUUUGAUCUCGAGCUUUGAUCAUGAAGAUCUCAUAGAAUGUCUGAUCCAUACAACCUUCCUAAGCGUACCACCCCUCACUGGGGCUUAUACCAGCGUAAAGCCUUCAUCGAGGGUACCAAGGGUAUCCUCCCCCCCUUCAACACCGAUCCGGGCAGGCUCGAGGAUCUCGCUCACGAGAAGCUGUCGGCCGGAGGAUGGUUCUACGCAUCCUCCAACGCCGGUUCAUCAUUGACCCACCGCGCAAACCGCGAAGCUUUCUACCGCUACAAGAUCCUUCCCAGGAUGCUCCGUGAGACAAACACUCGCGACACCACUACCGAACUCUUCGGGCACAAGAUAUCUGCACCGAUCAUGUUUGCUCCUGUCGGAAUUAACAAGAUCUACCACCCAACCGGUGAGCUCUCCGUCGCAAAGGUCGCGGGCGAACUUAACCUCCCUUACUGCCUCUCCACCGCCGGCUCCCAAUCCAUCGAAGACGUGGCCGCAGUCAACGGGAAUGGUCCCCGCUUCUACCAACUCUACAUGCCCCACGACGACGAACUCACCAUCUCCCUCCUCACCCGCGCCCAUCAAUCCGGAUUCGACGUCUGCAUGAUGACUCUCGACACAUGGCAACUCGCCUGGCGCCACGACGAUGUCGCAACAGCAAAUUACGCAUUCUACUACGGCAUCGGCGCCGAACUCGGACUCUCUGAUCCCAUUUUCCAGAAACGGUUGAAGGAAUGGGGAAUUGACCCAAAGAAGGACCCACAAGCCGCCGGACGGCGUUGGAUCGAUAACGUGUGGCACGGGAAAGCGCACACCUGGGACCGUAUCCCCUGGGUCCGUGACCAAUGGCAGAAGAUCUCGGGAGGUCGUCCCUUCUUGUUAAAGGGUAUUCAGACGGUCGAUGACGCCAAAAAGGCCCUCGAAUAUGGCUGUGACGGAAUCGUCGUUUCCAACCACGCCGGCCGCCAAGUCGACGGCGCAAUCGGCUCCCUCGACGCCCUCGCCGAAAUCUGUAAAGAACUCGGCUCCACGCCCAACUUUACCAUCCUCUUCGAUUCCGGCGUUCGUUCUGCCUCGGAUAUCUUCAAAGCCAUCGCGUUGGGUGCUAAAGCGGUGAUGACUGGACGACUCUGGAUUUGGGGGUUGAGUAUUCAGGGGGAGUUUGGGGUUAGGCAUGUUAUGAAGAGCUUGUUGGCCGAUUUUGAUAUUUUGAUGAAUGUUGCGGGAUAUCCCACGAUUAAGGAUAUUGAUAGGAAGGCGUUGAAGUGGAUGCCGUAUGGAAGUAGUUAUAGUGAGGGGAGUAAGUUGUGAUGUGUACAGUAUAGAUACCCUGCG